AUGAAAUUUAAAUCAAAUUACGCAGCCCAGUUCAGCAACGAGCCGGAGAAGUGCGACAAGGCCAAGGCUGCCAGCUCCUCCUCCGACCUCCUCGGCGCCGCCUCCGAGUACGGCAAGCUCGACUCCACCCAGGGUGUCGGAAAGUACGUCGACCAAGCCGAGGGCUACCUCCGCCAGUACAGCGCCCCCAAAUCCACCCCCGUCGCCGCCGCUGAAGACAAACCCGUGGCUGAGACCAAAAUUCCUUCAGGCGGCGACGUGAAGAAGCCGGAGGAGAGCGGCGAGGUUGGGGACUACGCGAAGAAGGUGGAAGAGCUGCUCGGCGGAACCGGUGAGAAGAGCGGGGCGGAGGUUGGGGACUGA